AUAUGUCAAUCAUUUACUGCAGUUAUAUAUAACAACAACAAGUGAUUCAACAAAUUGUUUGAUUAGUUUUUUUUGGUUGAAUUGAAUUAAAUUAAUUUAAUUUUCAAUUGAUUUUAUAAAUUGUUUUUUUUAUUUUUUAAUCAAAAAAUAAUAAUUAAUUUUAAACAUAUAUAUAAUAUGUCUGCGGAUCCGAUGUCUGCCCAAAAUGUGUCCAAAAUGACCAAAAUUGAGGCCAAGCAAUUGCUACAAAAGUGGAGAGAAGAUAAUGUUAGAAACUCGGAGACUGUACGAGAUAUUUGGCUAAACAUGGAUUUUGGAUCAACUCUUGGCGAUGAAAAAUGGCAAGUUCUGGAACAGGUCUGCAUCGCUGCCAUCGAUCUGCACGACAACGAACUAAUCAAAGACUGUCUGCAACAGUUGGACACCAAGUUUGCCAAUAGUUCACGUGUCAGACGACUGAAGAUAAUGGCAAAGUAUGAACUAAGAGAACGAUUUGAAGACGCCUUUCAAGCCUACGAACAGAUGAUCGAAAAAGACGAAUCCAAUUCAUUGCUAUACAAACGCCAAAUAGCUAUACUGUUGGCCGAAAGGCGUAUCGGCGAAGCCAUCAAAGAGCUAUGCGAUUAUCUCAAGAAGUUUAUGAACGAUACCGAAGCUUGGCUUCAAUUAUCAGAUCUGUAUGUCGAAGAACAAGAGUACAACAAAGCCGCCUAUUGUGUGGAGGAAUUGAUUUUAGCCAAUCCACACAAUCAUCUAUACCACGAACGAUAUGCAGCCAUUCAGUACACUAUCAAUACUACCGAAAGUCUGGAACUGUCGCGAACCUACUUCUCGCAGGCGUUGCGAUUGAAUCCAAACAAUUUGCGUGCACUCUAUGGGCUACUGUUGGCGGCCAACAGUGUGGCCUCAUUGCCGAAAACUACUUCGCAGAAAAAACGUGAAAACUUACGUAUAGCCAGUUGGGCAUCCAAUCAGAUCAGUAGACUCUAUAAAGACAACUCGUCCGACGAUGAAAACCGAAUUGUCGCUAUGGAAGGAAUGUUAGCCAAUUUGCAGAUCACCUCAAAUAGCACUUAAGAUAUUAAUUAAUUGAAUGAUAAUUAAUAUAUUUGUUUUGUUUUUUUAAUUUAUAUACAAUUUAUAUCUAUAUUUUGGUAUUUUUAAU